CGUUGAAGCGAAAACCGCGCAAGCGCAUGUGUAGCAGUACUGUUCGCGAUCUAGCCAAGGGACACUCUGCACUGGUGUGCAUGUGUAUAUACGUGCUUGUGAAAGAUUGUGUGCAUAGCUUUGGGCUUUUCAACUGUCGUGUGUGCAGUUGUAGUUCCUCUCUCCGUGCGCGUCGUCAUAUGAAACCUCCGCCCCCGUGUAGUAUCAAAAUAUAUGAUCUCUGUUCUUCACGAUGCGGCGUCGGAACGCGAGAAAUUCGUAUCAGGGUGAAAGUCGAGCGAAGACGACGACUAUGGUUAACGAGUCGUGACGAGGUAUAUCGCACUCGCAGCCAAAGACAGACGAGAGAGAGAAAAAAGUCAUCUGCUUUUGUGUGCCAGUAGUCAGUGCAGUGUCUACUCGUAACCGUUUUUUGUUUCGUGCAACCCGAUCUUCACUGUACCACAGACAGAGCGACGAUGAUGGCUUAAAAGACAAGAGAUACACUGGCUUUCUUGGUGAGAGCUGUAACCGGUGGCAAUGGCGGACGAGGAGGGCACGGAGUGGCUGCAAGAGCUACUGCGCGACGUACAGCUGUCCCAAUUCUUCACGCGGAUCCGCGACGACCUGCAGGUGACGCGCUUCCACCACUUCGACUAUGUCCAAGCGGAGGAUCUGGAGAAGAUUGGACUCGGCAAGCCGGGCAUUCGUCGGCUGAUGGACGCUGUUAAAAAGAAGCGCACCGCUCAGUGGAAGAAGAGCCUUAUCACGAAAAUCCGACCUGGCAGCGAUAAAAAGAGCAAUAAGCGAGCUUCGCAACCAGUGGAAAACACCUCGAUAUUAACGUGCCUGAUACAAGAGAAGGAUGUCGCGUUAUCGGUCAAACUUGGCGAUGGAAGCUUCGGAGUGGUGAGAAGAGGUGAGUGGACGUCACCUACGGGAAGAACACUGCCAGUUGCCGUUAAGGUUUUGAAAGCUGACGCCUUGACACAGCCAAAUGUUGUCGAAGACUUCGUCUCGGAAGUGCAGUCCAUGCACACGUUGGAUCAUCAUAAUCUCAUUAGAUUAUACGGGGUAGUGUUAUCCCAGCCCAUGAUGAUGGUUACCGAAUUAGCUCCGCUGGGUGCUUUACUGGACUACCUGCGCAAGCAGUGCGGUCACAUCUCGGUGCUCACUCUAUGCAACUACGCGUUGCAAGUAGCGACGGGAAUGGCAUACUUGGAGGCGAAGCGUUUCUUGCACCGGGACCUUGCCUGUCGCAACGUAUUGCUGAGCUCGAUCGACAAAAUCAAGAUCGGCGAUUUCGGUCUAAUGCGAGCGCUUCCGCAGCAAGAGGACUGCUACGUCAUGACCGAACACAAGAAAGUCCCUUUUCCUUGGUGCGCACCCGAGUCAUUGAAAGCCAGGCAGUUUAGUCACGCCUCGGACGUAUGGAUGUUUGGGGUGACGUUGUGGGAGAUGCUGACGUUUGGUGAAGAGCCAUGGAUCGGAUUGAAUGGUUCGGAAAUUUUGAGGAAGAUUGAUAGAGAGAGCGAGCGAUUACACGAACCAGAUGCCAGUCCACCGCCGAUGUAUCAGCUGAUGCUUCAUUGUUGGGCGAGGGAUCCCGCCGAGCGUCCGACUUUUGCUUCGCUUAAGGAGAAUCUUACCAGCAUGGUACCGCCAGUAAUGAAAGCUCUAAAUCGUUUCGACGAGACGCAGCCGGACAAAAUGCAAAUCGAGCACGGCGACCAAAUUGUUAUAAUCGAUGGCAAGCCUGAAAACUACUGGUGGAAAGGUCAGAAUCAGCGUACCUUCCAAGUUGGACUUUUCCCACGUUGCCUCGUCGAUCCAAUGCGAAAAAAGCAAGCUGAAGAUAUCAGCAAGCCUUUAGAAAACUCAUUCAUUCAUACUGGUCAUGGAGCGCCAUUCGGUAAGAGUUGGGGUAGUCCAAUUUACAUCGAUGACGUGUACCUAAGGAAUCCCAUGGAGCCACCCGACGUUGUCGGUACAACCGAGUGUACAAGCAUCAAAUUUCCUGGUUCGGCGCAUCAGCGACAGCGCAAACAGUUCAAUUACACUAAGCUACACAAUGACCUCAGGAGCAGCCCUAUUAAAGUACCUAAUACAUCAACGGCCGUUGCAGGUUCAAGCAAUCAAGAAGGUACUCUAAUAGAUUUAUCUCCAGAAGAGUUAGCUAAUGUCGCAGCGGUAGCCUCGAGUCAAUCAGAUGCAGCAUGUUAUCGGCGAGUGGUGAACAUUCUGGAUGAGCCGAUCGACGUUGAACGUUCGAUGCCGCAAGAGUAUUGGCCACCAACGCAGGAAGACGACCCGCGUACAUACGCUAAUUAUCCAGAGAGCGAUGGUAGUGCAAUUUUACCGCUCGGGCCUGAUCCGUUCGACACUUCUAGAGUAUUUACCAAUCCGCCUCAGUCGAGAUACUACAGCCAAGUUACGCCGGAUCUGCCACUUUCCUCGCCGACUACAUACUACUCGACUGCAUCUGUCGUUCAGGAAACGUACGGCAACGUACAGGAAGAAGCCUCGUCAUUACAACAUACGCUUAGCAAAGAGCUGCGAAGUGAAAAUACGAAUAUCAACGUGAAUAUCGAGAGCAAUGGAUACGUCAGUAGUGACCACUACAGCGAGAUCGACAAAAGCGGUACAUCGAGUCCGCCUCCGAAUCCUCAGAGCUGGCCGGAAGAUUUGCAACACAAUGAGGCACAAACUUUGCCGUCGUACGCAAACGUCGUCAGUCGAAAUCUUUCAAAUGUACCUGCACCGCCACCUCCGUCGGUCGGCCCCAACGAGAGUCCGACCAAAUCGUCAAACGUCGACAUUGCGCAAACUAUGAACGACUUGUCGUUAACAGAGGCUUCGCCGAAGAAACUCGAUCCAGCUUUCCUUGCUGAGCUAGAGAAGCAUUUAGGGGAGAAGGAGGCAACUAAGAAUACAAAUGCAACGCAACAACAGCAGCAGUCUAUCAGUAAGAACUCUGACAAUACUGUGAUCCCGAUGCUCAGGCCACCACCGCAAUCCAUCAAACCCAAAUCGCCGAAUGUCGAUCAAGGAGCGAGUGGCUCUAGCUUCCCGAACAAGGUGCAGAACUCUUGGCAGAAUAAAAGCACAAAUAUUCAGCGACCGAGAAGUCAAAUCGGAUUUCCAAGUCAACUGUCGCAGAAUGGUACUACUAGUGUUUGCAGCAAUACGGAAGCAGUGGUUGCACAAGUCUGGCAUCAGAACCAAAAUGCAUCAGCUGCAGCAGUAGCUGUGCCUUCGCCGAACUUACACCAAAGUGCGUCGAAUCAUGUGCCGAGUAAUCUAGAGGUUGCAGCGCAUAACGUUGCUUUAGCCUACCAUCAGCAGUUCCCAAGUCUUCCCAGUCAACCGAACCAGUCAGUUCAAAAUUCGUCGACGUUGCCCAGACCAGCUUCGAUUGCCGGCAGCGUACUUUCCGAGCAAGUUUACGCGGAGCUCAAACAGACAGUGCCGAACCUAGAGCAGCUGUCACAAAGCGAAUUCAAUACUCUUUAUAAUAAGACCGUCCAGCAGAAUAUACUCAGAAGUUAUCAUGCCAAUAGCAAUGCCUUGGCCAGUGCGAGUAAUAGUAUGGCUAGCCACUGUAUCCCAGCAAGUCCAUCUCAAAAAGUCAACACCAGGCAAACUCUUCCUCGAGAAUUCAGUUCAAAUCUGAAACAGCCACCUCAGUACAAUCCACCACCCCCAUUCUCCCCACUAAAACCUAUCCAAAACGGUUUUGUCCAAAAUCAAACUCAGCCCAACAAAACAGUGAAUGUCGCGAGUGGCAGCCCGAACCUCAUGCAAUUCACGCCCAGUCGACCCCAAGUAUCUCAACCACAGCCGGUUGGACCAUCAAAUGCCGCGAGAAGUUUACUGCCUCAGCUGAACGAAACAAUGGUAAACACGCAAUUAGGGCCUGGACCUUCGCAAUACCCGAGCGGAGCUAGUCCCCCAUUGACCGGGGCUUCGCAGCAGUUGGUUAUGUCAUUAAACGACGAGUUCCGUGUCAGCAAAGUAAUGAAAGUACAGCAGGAGACUCCGGACGCUUCGCAACAAGAGGCACUUGCUGCUCUGCAGGCGACUGGCUGGGAUAUCAGUCAAGCAGCUAAACAAAUAAUCAAAGAUCGAUUGACUAAGGUUGAAACGCUUUCGAGGCUGGGGCUUGCAACUAGAAAGCAAUGCGAGAUUGCAUUGAAACGUUCUGAAUUUGAUGUGGAUCGGGCAGCUUCCUACUUGUUGGACUAUUCAAGGUGAACUCGCACCUCGCUAUAAAGCUUUUAUGUAUACACAAGAUUCAUCGUAAUUAGAAAUGUAAAAAUGAAUGAGGUGGCCUGCACAAAGUGAAACUUCACCAAAUAAUCCGCGAGGUCCGAAACAAACUAAUACUCGAACCUCGGUUAAAUAGGCAAUGUAAGAUUAUAAUACUAAAUUAGAGAGUAAAACGACUAAGAGCAGAAUUUAAGGAAAAUAAUAAUUGUUAUAUUUUAGUUUUUCAUAGUAUUCCAGAUAAAUUUCAAAUCAAUUCUCAGCCGAAGCUUUGUUGAAAAUUAUUUUUAGUGUGAAACUGAGUACGAUCAAAAUUCAAAAAAGACUGUGAGGUUCUUUUUGAAUAAAAAGCUGUAAUUAGCUUAACGUGAAUAAAGACACUCUUGGGAUUUUGUUUUAUAAAUUACAUAAUUACUUGAUCGAUGAACUGUAAAAUUAUAGCUGUUCCAAAAAUACAAAAAAGUUUUAAGGCAGCUGCAGUGACUGUAAUUAAUUAUAUGCAUAAUCAUGGUUGAAUAGAAAAUGAAGAUUUGAUUAGUAAGGAACCGAAUACAAAAGAAUUUAAGUGUGCUCAAGUGUGCUUCCUAUUCAUAAUUGCAGAAGGCUUGAGAACAAACACUUUGGAAUACGAUACUGUGAUAUGUGCUGUUAAAGGCUCUACGAGUAAUUCUUUCUGUUAACGUCGAUAUUAUAUUUACUGUAAUUCUGACCAUGUAAAUAACUUAGAUUUAUUAUUUAGACUCGAAUAAAGUUGAUAUCGAAGGUUUGUGAGCUAUUUAUUGUUUUAAGACAGAUUUAAAGAAUAGAGCUUUUUAUAGCUUUACUUAUUUGUCAUUAUUGUGAUUUAAUAUUUCAAUGAUCUUACUUUGUCAACUGAUAGGCAAUCGGAAAGCGAAUGUUCCGUAUUUAAUAUUUUUAUUAAUGAGUUCUGAUCUUAUCCGAGAUUCGUUUGUAAAGAAACCUUAUAGUAUUCACGGAAUCACGUGAGUACUUUUUUGGCAAGCGUAAUAUAAUGUAUAAAAUUACAUGCAGUUUAAUAAAAUGCAUAUGUAAAAUGCAAUAUUUCUUUAAAAUGAUCAAAAAAGUAGUAUUUUAAAAUACUUAAUGUUUUAUUGUGCCUUGUGUAAUUAUCCGUUAAAAUAUAAGUUUUUUUUUAAUCAACAUAAUUCUUCUGUUGAUGCCAAAUAAAACAAUUAU